CGCCUCCCCACCUCGCCCCCCCUCCCUUUGUCGGACUCUUUUAGCUUGUCUAGAUUGUAUUUUUAUUUGCAUUUUCAUUUGAAUCGUUCCUUGUCCGUGAAUCUAUCCAUUCCAGGCGCCAGCGGCCUCCGACCGUGCUGAAUCCUUGCCAGCCCCUCCGGCUCAAUCAAUGCGCCCAGUCAUGAAGCUUGUGCGGAUACAGUAACAGGCAAGGCAUGGAGAGAACACGCGUCGCUAAGGUUGAAGAUGUGACCUUGGCGCGCCGAGGCGAACAGGUUACCGGCACCCUCCACCUCACCCCUCACCAUAUUAUCUUCUCUCACGUCCCUUCCUCCUCCUCCCCUCCCUCCGACUCGACCCAGUCUCAGCCCCAGUCUCAGAUCCAAUCCCAGGGCCAGGCCCAGCCCCCUGCUGUCCGGCCCAAGGAGGUCUGGAUCACAUAUCCCAUAAUCUCCUUCUGUAGCUGCCGCCCCACCCCUGCCGCGUCCCGCCAGCCGUCUUCGAUUCGCAUCCGGUGUCGCGAUUUUACCUUUGUUUGCCUUUAUUUCACAAGCGAGAGCAAGGCUCGUGAUGUGUACGAAACGAUAAAAUGCUGGACAUGUAAAGUUGGUCGGAUUGAUAAGCUUUACGCUUUCACAUAUCGGCCUCCCCCUCCGGAGCAGAAGUUCAAUGGCUGGGACCUCUAUAACCCAGAGAAGGAAUGGGCUAGACAAGGGGUGGACCGGGCCAGUUCAGGCUGGCGUAUAUCUCGUAUGAACUCAGACUAUGGGUUCUCCGAUACAUACCCGGCCCUCCUACCCAUCCCCGCGGCGAUCUCGGACAAUACACUCAACCAUGCAGGAAAAUACCGGUCCAGGGCGAGAGUGCCUGCCCUGACCUAUCUCCAUCCCGUAAACAACUGUUCAAUCACAAGGAGCUCGCAGCCACUGGUGGGCGUGCGUCAGAAUCGAAGCAUUCAGGACGAAACAUUGCUGGCCGCCAUAUUUUCGACUUCCCGGUCAGAGAGACCUCUCGCAAGCUUUACCCCGCCAAGCUUCAACUCGGGAUCCUCGAAUUCGACCCAGAGGGAACCCCCCCGAAGUCAAAUGCUGGCCGAUCUGACGAUGGCUGACGACUUGGAAGAUGAGAUGCUGUCAUCCUUCCGCGGGGACUCUGAAGAGAGACCUCAUGUCUACGGCGCUCAACAGCACAACCUCAUUGUUGAUGCUCGUCCUACCGUGAAUGCCUUUGCUAUGCAGGCUAUCGGUCUUGGCUCGGAAAACAUGGACAACUACAAGUUCGCUACGAAAGCUUACCUGGGAAUUGACAACAUCCACGUAAUGAGAGACUCGUUGAACCGGGUAGUCGAUGCCUUGAAAGACUCCGAUGUCACCCCACUGGGUCCAAAUAAGGAUCAGCUUGCACGGAGCGGGUGGCUCAAGCAUAUCUCGGGCAUUUUGGACGGUUCUGGCCUGAUCGCUCGGCAGGUUGGGCUUCAGCAUUCGCACGUUUUGAUCCACUGUUCGGAUGGCUGGGACCGUACAAGUCAGUUGAGCGCCCUGAGUCAGAUCUGCCUCGAUCCAUAUUAUCGAACGAUGGAGGGGUUCAUGGUUCUGGUAGAAAAGGAUUGGCUCUCUUUCGGGCAUAUGUUCCGGCACAGAUCGGGCCAUCUAAAUAGUGAAAAGUGGUUUCAGAUCGAGAAUGAGCGGAUUGGGGGAGAUUCUAACCGUGAAGGUGGCGGCGCAGGACGUGCCAUUGAAAAUGCAAUCCUUAGCGCCAAAGGUUUCUUCAACAGAGAUAACACCAGUCGCGACUCCCUUGGGGAGUCCGAUGGAGAGAUGCAGAGCUACGACUCGGAGAAUCUGAAGAAGCCUGCCCCCGCACCCCGGACAGCUGCGGCCGAAAAAGAAGUGACGAAGGUCAAAGAGACAAGUCCAGUCUUCCACCAGUUCCUUGAUGCGACAUACCAGCUACUGUACCAGCAUCCGACACGGUUCGAGUUUAAUGAGCGUUUCCUACGUCGGCUCUUAUACCAUCUUUACUCGUGCCAAUUUGGCACCUUCCUCUACAACAAUGAAAAGGAACGGGUGGAGUCCAACGCAAAGGGCCGGACUCGCAGCGUGUGGGAUUACUUUCUAGCGCGACGGGAGCAGUUCCUCAACCCCCAGUACGACCCCCAGAUCGACGAUCACAAGCGUGGAAAGGAACGCCUGAUUUUUCCGCAAGUUAGUCAGGUGAGAUGGUGGAGCGAGGCAUUCGGUCGCACCGAUACCGAAAUGAAUGGUGAAAGCCUGCCGCAGUCUGAGUCAAGCCCACCGAUCGGCCGUGAUGCAUCGAGCACGAGCACUGAGCGGUCGCCGGUGCUGACCGGCAUUGAAACGGCCCACCAUUCUCUUGGUGCUGGGACAUCAGGCAAGGACGCUUACCAUGCUGCGCCGACUGGAAUGGCAGCGGUGACUGCGGGGAUAUCCAAUCUGGCUUUCCCCAAAAGCAAGGAGGACAGCCAAAGCAUGAGCCGGAUGGAGGUCGAGAUGCAAUGACCCAUCCCAACAAAAAGAGUUGAUGUCGCAUCAGAAGCGAUGUAUCUAGGUAGUUUCCGUGGAGGAUGGCCCAGCCAGGGUUAGAGGGGUCAUAAAUAUCCUGAUUAUGUUACGCGUGUAUGCCUUGCCUGUUGUUCUGUUGUUUGAUGACGCUGCAUUGUCUCGGUUUUGGGAGUAGAGACAGAGAGCACUCGCUAUGAUUGCAUGAAUGCAAGAAUCGGUCCAGCAUUGUAGUACUUCAUAGUACUAGGUACAGAUGCUGCGUUAAGUGGAGAGAC